AAGAUGUAUUUACGAUCUAUUUUCAUCCCUAAUUUUUCAUCCGAUUAAUUGUCCGAUGUCAGAAAAUCAUUGUACGUGAGAAUCGUUCGGUUGAAGAACUUUAAAAUUCGCUCGUACGUUUAGUCUGACGCGAAAGUAGAGAGGUUAGUCGGCGCAUUGAUAUUUAUUAACGCGUUGAAAAUCAGAAGGUAUACAGGUACAAAUAUUAUUUCCAUAGAUAGAAUUCCAUCGAAAAGCAAAAGCGGAAGAGUGCGCGCGCGUAUAGUGCUGCGUGAUAAUGCGCUAGGCGAGAAGGGAAGCAAGGGAGCGGCAGGGGUAGGGGAUGAGUGUGAAAGAGAGAGAGAGAGAGAAUACGCGAGCGUAUGUAUGUCUGUAUGUAUGUAUGUAUGUAUAUUGUAUGUUGUUAUGUGUGAGCGUAUAUGUAUGUAAGGAAAAAGAGAGAGAUAGAGAAUGUACGAAUAUCCUAUAUACACUAUGUGCGAUAUAUGCAAUAAAUAAAAUAAAAAGUACGGGCGUGUUUCGAGAAAAUUGCGUGAGACAAUUUUUGCCGUGAAUUUGGGUAUACGAAAAGAAAUCAUUUCGAAAAGAAAUAAAACCACCUCUGUGAAUCGUCGAAUUCUUUCGAUCUUAUUUCGGAAGAAGGUCGAGAGUGAGUGUCUCGCGCGUGUACUUAAACAUGAAGACAAAAAAUAAAGCUCGACGACGCAAUAACGAUGACGGAGGAGAUGGCGGUGGUGGUGAUGACGACGACGACUACUACUACAGUGAUGACGGAGAAGGUGGAGACGGUGAUGGAAACGAUGGUGGUGGCGGCUGCGAUAAUGGUGGCGGUAGCGGAGGCGGCGGUAAUACGUAACGUAACGUAAAACGUUUGACGUUUACCGGCCAUGCGGUCUACGAUGUACCAAUAACAACGACCUAUUCAAAAGCGCCCUUGUCAUCUCUCUGAACGUGACCUCAUUUUGUCUGAAGUAAAUAUGUUACGUGCUAUGGUGCCGAUAAUUAGUAAGAUUACAAAAUGGGUUGUUUUGGGAGCAAGGAUAAAUUGAGUAAAGAGGAUAUGGAGUUUCUCAAGUCACGCACGCGAUAUGACGAAAGCACAAUCAAGGAAUGGUACAAGGGAUUCAAACAAGACUGCCCUAAUGGCAGAUUAACGCCCGCAAAAUUUGUUGACAUGUAUAAAACGUUCUUUCCGUCUGGCCAUGCGGAAGAAUUUUGCGAUCAUGUAUUCCGCACAUUCGACAUGGAUAAAAACGGUUAUAUCGACUUUAAGGAAUUUCUCUUAGCCAUAGACGUUACUUCCUGUGGUACACCGGAAGAAAAGCUAAAAUGGGCAUUCCGGAUGUAUGACGUUGAUGGAAAUGGUGUUAUUGAUAUUCAAGAAAUGACUAAGAUCGUUCAAGCGAUAUAUGAUAUGCUCGGAGCAUGUUCGAGCAACAGGCCAGCGGACAGCGCUGAAGAACGGACUAAGAAUAUAUUCGCUAAAAUGGACGAGAAUCACGAUGGGCAAUUGACGCAAGAAGAAUUCCUUAAGGGUUGCCUUCAAGACGAAGAGCUCUCCAAAAUGUUGGCUCCUUAAUCUGACUGCCCACAUUUUACAAAGAAUUCAUUGACGGGCGUCUGAACGGUUUUUAAGACGGAUUUGUGAAAAAAUGAAAAAAUUAUUACCGUCGCUGCUGUUACGAUCUCUGUCGCUACUGCUGCCUCCACUACUAACACCAAUACCACCACCACCACUACCAAUGGAACACCAUUAUUAAAUUAACAAAACCACUGUCGCUACCACCAUCGCCAUCGCCAUCACCACCACCACCACCACCACUAUCAUCACAGUUGCCACCGUCUUAUUAUCACUUAUCGUCACUGCAACGUCUCUCCUCCAGCUUCGCAGCAGUCAUCCCCUCGUCUUUUCAUGAGAUUUUAAGACCAGAUACUAUGAUGAUAAUCAUAAUAAAUGAAUGAAUGAUGAUGAUAAUGAUGAUCAAAAGCAAGAAAUCAUGAAAAGCCACGUGACAAACAUCAUCAUCAAGAACGACUGAUGACUAUUACAAACACCUUAAGAUUUUUAAUUCUAAGGUGUUCGGAGAACCUAACCUUCCAGUUAGGUGAUUCAUAAAAAGGAGCAGGAGGGGGAAGAAAGAAACGAAAAAAUAGAAAAGGAAACGAAAAAAUAGAAAAAGAAAAUAUGGAAUUCGUAUAUAAUCGUUUUCAAGUCGAUCGCAAAUGCAAAAUGCAAAAUGCAAUUUGAUCUUGCAAUCGUUUGAUUAUUAAGAUUUUUCACUCAAAUCUGUGAACCAGCGAAUAAUACGAUUAUAAAUAUCUAGUUGUAUCGAUCGAUUGCGAAUCAAUUCGAUCGAUUCUACACACACGUAAUAAACAGGAGUCAUAAUCCCAUCGCAAUCGUGAAUUUGCUAUAAUACCAACUUGCUAAAUGAAUUUCGCUGGACCGAAAAGAUCGAAAAAAAAAAAAAAAAACAAAAAAAAAGGGAGAAAAAAAUUGUUGAGUACCUCGCGGAGACCGCGCAAAUGUGGUCCAAAUUAAUGAGAAAUUAAUUAGAGAGAAAUUAAUAGAGAAGGAUAACUAUAGGAUUCGGGAAAAUGCGCGCGAACAGUAUAUACAUAAAAUGUGCGUGGCCCUAAAUUUUAGUGGCUUUUAGCAUGAUCCAAUCUUUAAGAAAAAUGAACAUCGAAAAUACUCGAUCGAUUACGAGUUCAACAGUAAAAUUUGUUUUUUCAUAGAAUUUCAAUGUUAGGAUAAGCCAAGCUGUUAGAAUUAACAGAACGUGCUCUUCGCAUUGUAAUCCUAUUAUUAUGAAUUGAUAAAUUGGAUAAAUUUUCAAAUUUAAUUCAAAACAUUAUGUUUGCAACGGAGCAAAAAAGGAUGAAGAUAAACAAUUAAAAAUUCAUCAAUUUGAUUUUAACGGCUAUUAUUUUCGAACGAAUACAAUUGUUUCGACAAUAUAUAAAAUUUUUAUUACUUACAUAUACGUAAACAUCUCGAUGAGGAACCAUUGAUGAGUACACAAUAAUAUCGUGUACACGGAUUACACGGUCCCCCAAAUGUUUUUUUUUUUUUUUUUUUUUUUUUUUUAUAUAUUUCUUUUAACCUCUCUUCGUCAUGAUUAUGUGCCUUUCCUUUUUUUCCAAACAGCAUUUAUUCACUUUGAUAAAAUGGUAUCGUAAACAAAUAGAAAGAACAAAUAAUGAAUGGCUAUUGUUAGAAUAUAUUUCAAUAAUAUCUCGGAUAUCUUGACUAUAUUUCCCCCAUGAAAAAGAAACAAAAACAAAAAAAAAAAAUAAGACAAACAGACAAACAAAACAAAAAGAAAAUACUAGUAAUAAUAAUAAAAAGAAGAAGAGAGAAGAAAACAGGCUGGUCUCUGUUUAGUGAUAGAAUUCGACCAACACUGUGUUUUUAUUAGAAUGAGCUACGUCAAGCUGUCGUAGAAUAACUUUUUCUCAUUGGUAUACGCGCAAUGUGUUUUUAAUAUAAAACACCUUUACACAUAUAUAUAUAUAUACAUAUAUAAAUAAAUAAAUAAAUUAAUUAAUAUUUAACACGUUCAGCGUCGUAAAAAUCUCGUACGAUUUUAUUCCGCUGCACCGGAAAACAAUAUUAUACGUAGUGCUCCUGCGUUACUGCCGAUCACCGGUGACCUUGAAACACUGCAAAAAGGAAAAAAAAAUAUAUACACGGUGUCGGUCAUUGGUAGCUACUUGUGGCGCGUAACGUGUUAAAAAAUAAUAAUAAUAAAAAAAAAAAAAAAAAAAAAAAAAAAGAAAUUUUGUAUAUUGGCGAGUACGAUGAAAACAUAUUUGCUAAAGAUGGUAAAUAUUUGAUGAACUGGUCCAAAAGAAAAAAGAAUUUAAAAAAAGAAGAGAAAGAGAGAAGAAAAUCAAGCGGACAAUCCGUUGUUAUCUGUUCUCCUGUCGUUUUGGAUCUACGUUCUCUUGCGCGUUUGGCGUCCAUCUAAAACAAAAAGACCCAAUAUACAAAACUUUAAACGAAUUAGAAACAUCUGCACGCUGUCAUCGGUUUACACGUGACAGCACCUUCUCUUCUUCUAUAUUGCUCACGGGUAAACAAAAAAAAAACAGAUAAGGAAAAAAAACACACACACAUGUAUACACACAGAAAUGUUCGCUUUGCUCUUAUAGCAUUACACAGAAGUUCUUGACGACUGACAGAAGGAUAUUGCAGAACGAGACAUCGUGAUUCUUCUUCUCGUAAUAGAAAGUGCAGCAUUGACAAUCGAAUUAAUAAGUUUCCUCUAUGAAAGAGAAAGAGAAAUAUGCAGAGAGAGAGAGAGAGAGAGAGAGAGAGAGAGAGAGAGAGAGAGAGAGAGAGAGAGAGAGAGAGAGAGAGAAAGAGAAAAGAAAGAGAAAACAAGAGGAAGAAGAGAGAGAGAGAGAGGGUAAGAAAAAGCCCCUUAAAACGAAUUCUGUAAGAAGCUUAAAGAGAACGAACCCUAAGUGCAUUAUAUGUAAUAGAGAAUCACUAUAUCUCAAUGUUAGUUAUUACUCUGAAAUUAAAACAUUUAUGAAAUAAAACCAUGAUUCGGCAUAAAAAUAGAGAGAGAGAGAGAGAGAGAGAGAGAGAGAGAGAGAGAGAGAGAGAGAGAGAGAGAGAGAGAGAGAAAGAGUAUGUGACGAAUAUAUAAAUAUAAUAACAAAAUUAUAUAUAUAUAUAUAUAUAUAUAUAUAUAUAUAUGUAUAUAUGUAUAUAUAUAUAUAUAAAGCUUUCUUCCACAUUGUUACACCAGAUCUUCGUUAGUUAGCUAUUUUAAGAGUAUGAACAAAUCUGAUUGGUCUCGAUGACCUUGUCAUAGUUAGCGAAUGUCGCUUUAAUUAAGGGAUUUCAUGAAUUCUUGCAAUUGAUUAAAUGUCGUAACGUAAAUAAGCGGUAAAUCGACUUUAUCUUAACAAGAAAAUAUUUAUAUUAACAAGAAAGACCUAUUUCACUUUCCUUAUUCUGUCCUAUUACUGUACUAUGCUUGUCAUUCUAUCUUUCUCACUCUCGCUCUUUCUCUCUUUCUGUUUCUCUCUCUUUUCUCUCUCUCUCUCUCUCUCUCUUUCUCUCUCUCUCUCUCUCUCUCUCUCUCUCUCUCUCUCUCUCUCUCUCUCUCUCUCUCUCUCUCUCUCUCUCCUUUCACUUGUACUCUUUGAUCUAUGUCAAUCUCGGGUAUGUAAAACACUGCGGAGCAAUAUUAAUUUAUAUUUUGCUCUUUAUGGGAUGUCCCAAAAUUUUUUUAUUUGUUUUAUUUCUAUUGGCUAACAGGGGAUAAUCAAAAGUAGAGAUAUUUGUCUACUCGUAUGUUACUCCUUAUACUCUUUUAAAAAUCGAAUUUGUUAUUAAAAUGGAGAUACAUGCAUCUGAAAGUAUAUUUCUACUUAGGAUUCUAUUCAUGAUUUUAUUUUUAUAAGACAUAUAAUACAAUCGCGUUGGUGAAUAGUUACAGAAUAUAACUCAUUUUAAGAAUUUUAAGAAAAGACGCUAAUGAACUCCUCGUAGUACAUAUACAUUAGUACAAUGAAAUUCAAUUCCAGCAAGAUAUAUUAAUAAGUAGUUAAGAUACUAAAGUACUUGAUUUAAGUAUCUUAUACGUUUCUUUAUUAUUGCGACGUUUAUUUUUAACUCAAAUAAAUCUCUCGGUAUAUAUAUGUAAUAUUUUUUCAAACGGUGAAAGUAUUUACUUAGAAAAGAAAAGAGAGAGAGAGAGA